AUGGGUCUUUCUGGUUCUAAAGGAAGACGAAAAUUCAUUUCAGUAUUAAGACAUAUGCUUCUAGAAAGAGGUUUAAAAGUCUCUGAAAAUGUUGCUGGGGGAUUUUAUGAUUUUAUUCAAAAGGUGGCACCCUGGUAUCCUGAAAAUGGUAAUCUUACUUUAGAAGAUUGGAAAAGAUUAGGAAGAGAUAUGAGAAAAUAUCUGUCUUCUCAUAAAGAGGAGAUGCCUCCACCUCAGACAUUCCCGUUAUGGGUACAGAUAAGAGAUAUCUUAUUGGAAAAAUCUGAUUUAGAAUUUUUAAUAGAAGAAGCCCCCUCAGAACAACAUGAGGAAGGAGCCCCCAUAAAUAAAUGUGGCCCACCAAAGUAUGGAGCUACAUGGGAUGAUCCUGAUGAUUGGGAUCUAGAAGAUGCAGGAAAAUAUGAGUCAGAGGAAUAUCACCCUGAGGAAUAUAAUAAUCCCCCUCCUCAGGUAAUGAUUUCUGCUCCUAUAAAAAAACAUGGAAAGCCGGUUCCAAAGCCAAGAAGGUAUUUACCUCCAGUAGGAUUUCAAGGUGCCAUAGCACAGGCUAAGACAGAAGGGGAUAUGUCAUUUACUUUCCCUGUUGUUCUAUAUGAUGAUGAGCAACCAACUUGCGAAGCUUUGCCUUUAAAAACAUUAAAAGAAUUACAAUUGGCAGUAAAAAGUCUGAGACCAUCCGCUCCUUAUACUAUUCAAAUCUUAGAAAUGAUAGGUACUCAAUGGCUAACAGUGUAUGAUUGGUUUCAAACUGCUAAGGCAACUUUGUCCCCAGGAGAUUUUGUUCUCUGGAGAACAGAGUAUGAAGAGAGAGCUAAAGAAGCAGUUCAUAGUAGUUUCGCAAAAAAGGGAGCUAAGCCUACAAUGUCCAUGCUGCUAGGAAAAAAGGAGUUAUUGAAUGGAUUCAUCUCCCCCAUGUACAAACCAAAAUUUUGA